ACACCGCAAGGAUGGCUUUAUGUCUGGGAAGUUUGAUGGUGUUCAGUUCGUUUGCUUUGUUUUGGGUGCGAGGAGAGGUCUCUGUGGAUUGUGGCAAAAGCUCUGUGUCGGUACGGUGGAGUGAACCGCAAUCCCUGACUGACCCCUGGCUUCUCCGCCUGGGUGACUGUCCUCCGUCCAGUGUGUCUCUUAGGCCCGGGGGUGCAGAGGCUGUGUUUCAUGCGAGGUUUGAUGACUGCAGUUUCAGGAGACUGGUGACCGAGAAUGAGGUUGUGUUUGAAAAUGAACUGUCAUCAGAAGCUUCCUCCCAAAGCCCUUCAGACUUCUCCUGCCCUAUUGUCUGUGCUUAUGAAAGGCCUGCAGAGUGGAAUCCACCUAUGUAUGAUCCAGUGACCUUCCAUGCUAAUGGACGGGGAGACCUGGUCUUCCAUAUGAGUUUUAUGAACGAUGACUUCAGUGAUGUGGCCACAUCAACGACUUUCUUCUUGGGCUCUCUGAUACCGAUUGCAGCUGUCGUUGAACAGCAGGCUCAUCAGCCGCUGGUUCUGCUGCUGGAAGAAUGUGUAGCUUCUGCUUCACCAGAUCUAUCACAAGACAGUGAUGUUUACUCUAUAAUUGCGAACAAGGGAUGUCUGGUGGACAGCAAGAAGGCUAAUUCAAGAUUCUUACCCAGACGAAGUCCGUCUGAAAUCAGACUCUAUCUUCGAGCUUUCAAGUUUUCUUUUAGUGAGGAGGUCUACAUUCACUGUAAACUUGUGGCUUGGGACCCCAAAGACAUGGACAGUGGCAGAAAAGCUUGUCAGUAUGAUAAACAGAACGAAAGAUGGGAGCUCCUUGACAAUCCUUCGGAGAGUGCCAUCUGUGCUUGCUGUGAUACAGUUUGCCGAGCAAGGAAUAGAAGGAGAACCAGAAGAGCUGUAGCUCAGUCUGUUGUGCUUGGGCCGCUUACCAUCAAGGAUUAAGCAGUGGCGCACAGCUGAUGGAUUUAGCAAGGAUGGGUAACCUCCCAAGCCGCUAGAGGUUGUUCAGAGUCUUUGGUGUGGAGGCCUACCAGUGAUCCAUCAAAAGCAAGAGGGAUUCCUCAUCUGCUCCACACCCUUGGAGUUGCAAUGGUCUGGAGG